UUACUGUGCAAUUGUUAAUAUAGAAAACUAAAGCAUCCGUUAGUUUAAGUAAUGAGGGAGUGGAUUUAGGGUGUGCCAAGUUUCGAGACGAGUACGGGAUAUAAAACGGGAUCGUUGUGUAACUUCUGGAUGCGCUGUCGGACUCCAAAAGACCUUACGCAAUGGUUUAUCUAGCAGGACUGGUGGUGCUGUUGUCGGUUGCAGGGGUCGAAGCAAGAGUAGGUAAUUCCACCGAAUCCAGCUUCUGCACUGAAACCAAGGAAUGCCUGUUGUUUGAUCUGGUGUGCAAGACCUCAGAUUUUGAGGUCCGUCACUACAGCUCAGUCAGGUGGGUCUCGACAGAUGUGACGUCCCACUUGCUGGAUAUAGCUCAAGUUACAGGCUUCUUAAGACUCUACAAAUACAUCAACGGUGCUAAUGUGGAUGGUGUCAAGAUUGACAUGACAGCUCCCAUAAUCGUGAAAGUGGAGGAGGAUGACAGCUUUUGGGAGUCCACCGUCUUCACCAUCAACUUCCUGUUGCCCUCGGCCUUCCAGGGGAACGUUUCUGAACCCACAGACUCUACGGUCUACUUCACAGACAUGCCAGACAUGAAGGUGUAUGUGAGAGACUACGGCGGCUUGAUGAUAUCUAUAACAGACGCCCUCAACAGGAAAUGGCUGGCUAAGAACCUCAAGAAAGUCAACGCUUCGUAUGUGGAGGAGUUCCACUAUGCUGUGAAGUAUGACAGCCCCACACAGAUCCUGAACAGACGCAACGAGGUGUGGUACGUGGUUAAAGGUGACCCCGUGUGUUCUGACCCAGAUGGGACCCAAAACGGCGCCAGAUAGCCAUGCGAUCCCGCAAGCUGAGGGCUUCAGACAGGGGCUUCUGGAGGGAAUUUGGGGAGGGGUGUGGUAGAUACUAACAGGGAAGAUGGAGCCUCAAAUAUUCAUGCAAGUCACCCAUCAGCAGUAACGUAGUUGUCAGUGUAGAGAAUCCCGCUGCUUAUGUUCACGCCUGUGCAUGCAGUUAUGCGCGGUAUCCUGCCAUGUAUUUUAUUAGCUUUAGAAAUAUUCCCGACUUCAAUGUCAUGUCUUGGAUAUUGUGAAUAAAUCAAGACUUCUGCAGUAUCAUA